GCCGCUCUUCCGACCUGGAGGGCACGUUCCUUACCUGCUCUUUCGUCCGCUCAGGCGGAGCUUCCCCGAGCACAGCCGAGUUUGACUGUGUGUCGGUCUCUCUUCUGAGUUUCAAUAAAGUUUUCCUCUUUCUCCCAUAUACGGAGCUCAAGAUGGCGGCCUCCUGGUCGCCCUUGGUUACCCUGCACUCCUUAGCGCGGAGCCGGCUGAGCCGGAGAUGUGUUGGGUGCCGGGCCUGGGCCGCCGCUCUUGUUCCUCCCGCCACCGCCCCAGGGAAGCCCCUUUGUAAAGCGUAUAUGGUACAGCUGCCUGAGAGUGUGACCCCAUCUGCUUCUGCUUCCAAGGCCUGUUUGAAACCUUUGGCUGUUUGUCAUGGACCUCUGGAUCACUAUGACUUUCUGAUCAAAGCUCAUGAGCUAAAGGAUGAUGAACAUCAAAGAAGAGUGAUCCAAUGUUUGCAGAAAUUACAUGAGGACCUUAGAGGAUACAGCAUAGAGGCAGAAGGUCUUUUUUCAAAGCUUUUUUCAAGGAGCAAACCUCCAAAGGGCCUGUAUGUUUAUGGAGAUGUUGGUACAGGAAAAACAAUGGUGAUGGACAUGUUUUAUGCUUAUGUGGAAAUGAAGAGGAAAAAACGGGUCCAUUUUCAUGGUUUCAUGUUAGAUGUGCACAAAAGAAUACACCGCCUUAAAAAGAAUUUGCCAAAAAGGAAACAAGGAUUCAUGACUAAAUCAUAUGACCCAAUCGCUCCCAUAGCUGAAGAAAUCAGUCAUGAAGCCUGUCUCUUGUGUUUUGAUGAAUUUCAGGUCACUGACAUUGCUGAUGCCAUGAUUUUGAAACAGCUUUUUGAAAAUCUGUUCAAAAAUGGGGUCGUUGUUGUGGCAACAUCUAACAGACCACCGGAAGACCUCUAUAAAAAUGGACUCCAAAGGGCUAACUUUGUACCAUUCAUAGCUGUCCUGAAGGAAUACUGUAAUACAGUUCAGCUAGAUUCUGGGAUAGAUUACCGGAAAAGGGAACUCCCAGCUGCAGGAAAACUCUACUACCUAGGACUGCAGGUUUUUAUUGGAGUUUUAGCCACCCGAAGCAGUACUGCCCACACUGUCAUUCCUCACUCUGAAAGCAAGCCCUCAAAAAAUCCCCACUCCUGGUACCAGGGUCAGAACCAAAUUAGACAGCUGUGCCAUUUCUCAUACAGGAGAAAAAAAGACCCACUUGGAGCCAGUGACUAUUUGGAACUAUCUAGGAAUUUUGACACAGUAUUUUUACGAAACAUUCCACAAUUUACGCUGGCAAAGAGGACUCAAGCUCGAAGAUUCAUAACUCUCAUCGAUAACUUUUAUGAUUUCAAGGUGCGCAUAAUUUGCUCCGCAACGACUCCUAUAUCAAGCUUAUUUUUGCAUCAACAUCAUGACAGUGAGUUGGAGCAAAGCAGAAUACUGAUGGAUGAUUUGGGACUGAGCCAGGACUCGGCAGGACUCUCUAUGUUUACUGGAGAAGAGGAAAUCUUUGCAUUUCAGCGCACAAUUUCCCGACUCACAGAAAUGCAAACUGAACAGUACUGGAAUGAAGGGGACAGAAGCAAGAAGUAACUGUCACUUUCACAUGAAUAAAACGAGACAAAUGGUUAAUGCAGAGAGAACUCUGUAUUGUGAGACUUGAAGGAAUCAUUUUCUCAUCAUUAAUUAUGCACUUUGUCCUCUGGACCAUUUUAAUCUAAAAUUACUGUCAAAGAUUUAGUGGAUUAGUAAGUUAAAGACUUACCAUUUUCAUAGAUGUACUUUUUGCCUAUUUAUGUGGCCUUAUUUCUGCACCACAAAAUUAAAAUCAUCACUCCUGAAGAUUACUGUAAAAGUAGACAUUUUAGCUUCACAUUGAACUACUUGAAUGAACCUUGAAUGCAUAAAUAUACAGUAAAUGCAAAUUGUCUGGAUAGCACCAAGCUUUUGUGGCAUGGUGAUCUCACCUUAUGAAAACAUCUUUUAUAAGAGGGUAAAGCAAAAAAUAAACCAUUUCAAUUCAAAACAAAUCCUUCUGAUCUUAUUAUAAACUGAAGGGAAUAACGUUUUAGAAUAUGGGCUAUGUGUGUGAUUCUUCAUAGGUUUUUGUCUUUGAAUUAUUAUCAACCCUCUAGGCCUUCAGGUUUCCUUAAUGUCAGAACAAGUGUGACUUUAACCUGGGGUUAAGGUUGGCAGGCAGGACCUUGUCUCAUGGUGACACAGAGUUGCCUGGACAAAGAGGAGUAUGACAGCAUCAAGUCAGGAGCAAGUCAGAUCCCUGCCCUCACCCUCUGCAGGCAGUGGGAGGGCAGGUACCAAGAAAGUAUCAUCGAGAGUGUUGGAAGGAGACAGAGUCACAGACAUCCCAACAACAGAGCCGACGUCUGCUCAUCAUUGUCAACAAUGCCUUCUUCCACUGUCCAUCCACACUGGCUUUCUUUGCAGAAUGCCACUCCCCACGCUUGCUGCUGAUUCUGCAGAGUUGGACCUAAUAGUAAAUAGGAAAGAACACCCGACAGUUCUCUUUUAAAUAAAAUCGGAUUUGUCCUUCAUUGAGCUCAUUUCUUAAUUCAUUUAAGUAAACCUGACUUUGCUAACUAUUUUCAGAAAAAUGAUCCUGGUUGAGACUCUUCAAAGAAUCUUGAAUCCAG